UCCGUGCUUGGCACCGGUAAGAUUUACGACACUCUGCUGGCUGUACGGCAGUUUGAGUUGUAUGCGCGGUUGUGCAGGUAACAUGUGAGAAGUUAGAUUUUUUGUGUUAAGAGAAGAAAAGAGACAAAUCAAAGUGCCAUGCACGAAAGGCUGCUUCCCGCCUCUCCCAACUGGUACUGCUCGCGCUGCAGUGACGUCAGCAGCAGCGGCUUACUGGGCGUCGGAGCCAAAAACAUCAUUUAUUUGAUCGAUGUGUCUGCAUCUUCCCCGGGGGUCGUAGGUGAGCUCGUGGGUCAUAGAGAUCUGGUUCUGGGCUUCUCCUUCUGUCGGCACGAAGGGCAGAAUCACAUGUGCGUCAGCGCCUCCAGUGACGGCAGCGUCCGCUUCUGGGACUCGGACCUCAGGUCCGUCACGCGGGAGCUGACGGCUCAUCAGAACCCGGUCUCAGCCGUGCACUGGUCCCCGGUGGAGAAGAACCUGGUGGUGUCGGGCGACGAGAAAGGCGCGCUGGUGUGUCACUGGUACCACACAGGAGACACCAGCAGCUUCCUGCCCGAGCCCAGGACCGUCUCCUGCCUCAGCUGCUCCCCUCACACCUGGAACCUGGUGGCCGUGGGGUACAAGGAUGGGGUGAUCGCACUGAUUGACGUGAGGAAGAAAGGCGAAGUGCUGCACCGGCUCCGUGGACACGAUGAUGAGAUCCACUCGCUGGCCUGGUCCCCGUCGGAGCGAGAGGAGACGUUCUACAGCCGACCCGAGGACAGUGAAGUAGCAACUAAUGGAGCGUCUGCAGAGGGGGAGGCGGGCGGCCAUCUUGCCUCUGGCAGCAAAGACCAGACCGUGAGGAUCUGGAGCACAGCAAAGGGCAAAAGCGUGAUGACGCUGAAGCUGCCGUAUGUGAAGAAACGAGGUUCUGUGGUGGACCCCGGGGUCAAAGAGAGACUGUGGCUCAGCGUCCACUGGCCGCAGGGACGGCCCACACAGCUGGUGUCCAGCUGCUUCGGCGGGGAGCUGGUGAUGUGGGACCUGACCCGGUCCGGGAAGCAGAAGUGGACCCUGCUGGGGUCGUCUUCAGAGGGUCAGAACCACAGCAGGAUCGUCUUCAACAUGAGCUCGGUUCACCUGCCGGACGGCAGAGAGCUGCUCCUCAGCACCUCCAUGGACAGAGAUAUUAAAUGCUGGGACCUGGCCUCGCUGCAGUGCUGCUGGACUCUUCCCACCCUGGGGGGCUUCGUCUACUCGCUGACCUUCUCCCCCGUGGGCACAGGAUGUCUGGCUCUGGGGGUCGGGGACAACAUGAUCCGAGUGUGGAACACGCUCGCCACCCAGAACCAGUACGACACCAGGUCCUUCUGGCAGGGCAUCAAGUCCAAGGUCACGGCGCUGGCGUGGCACCCGAAGAGGGAAGGAUCCUUGACCUUUGGAACAGAUGACGGUAAAGUUGGAAUCUACGACGUCUUCUCCAACAAGCCUCCGCAGAUAUCGAGCUCCUAUCACCGCAAAACCGUGUACACGCUGGCCUGGGGACCCCCGGUUCCCCCACUGUCAUUUGGUGCAGCAGGAGAGAAGCCGUCCUACAGCUUGUACAGCUGCGCCGGAGAAGGUGUCAUCCUGCAGCACGACGUGCUGAAGCUGAGCGGGGAGGCGUCCAACGUCGACAAGCUGAUCAGAGACACCAACGACAUCAAGUACAAGCUGUCUCCACACACCGACAUCAGCUGGAAGCCAGAUGGGAAAGUGGUUGCCAUCGGCAACGAGGACGGGGGCAUUGAUGUGUUCCAGGCUCCCAGUCUGAAGCUUCUGUGCAGCAUCCAGCAGCACCACAAGAUCAUCAACGCGCUCCGGUGGCAUCACGACCACAGCUCCCCUGAACUGCACGGCCUCCUGGCCUCAGGCUCCAGCAACGCCAUAGUCUACGUGCAUGACCUCCGCGCCAUCACAGAGAGUCCUCCAGAAAGUGCUGUGGUGCUGACGGAGCCGUUUCGCAGACUGUGUGGUCACACGGCUAAAAUCACCAACAUGGCCUGGAGCCCGCACCACGAGGCUCGUCUGGUCACCGUCUCCUACGACGGCACGGCCCAAGUGUGGGAUGUGCUGCAGGAGGCAGCUCUGUCCAACUAUCGGGGUCACGCUGGUUUUCUGCUAUCUGUGGACUGGUCACCCGUGGAUCCUGACGUGAUCUGGACCGGAGGGAAGGACUUCACUGUGCAGGAGUGGAGAGUCUCCCAGCAGGAGUUCACAAUCCCACCUAAAGGGAAAAAGAUGGCGGAUCUGAAGGAGAAGAUGAAGGCCAAGGUCAAGCAGAAGAAGAAGAACAAGAAGGUGUCAGGGGCCGGAGGAGCUGCAGGGCCGGAGACGAGCGGAGAGUGGGCUGCAGGAGAGAAGCAGGAGCGAGCAGGACAGGGGCCGUCUAGUGAAGAGGAGGAGGAGGACGUGAGCUCAGCCAGCGUUUCUGUAGCACCACCAGUUGUUCUGGAGACGCAGAGAAAAUCCCCUGCUGCCGCUGCCGCCGCCAGGCCCAAAGACAGAGCGGGUCUGCUGGUGUUUCCAGACUCCCACUUGCUGAAGAAGAAGAAGCCUCGCUCCAUGCUGCCGCUCAGCACGUCCAUGGACCAUCGUCCCAAAGAGGAGCUGCUGCAGGACUGCGUCACUCUGGCCUCCAUCACACACAACAGCGCGCCCCCUGCAGGCUGCAUCCCAGGCCAAGGCGAGCACAUCCACCUGGGCCUCUUCAGCGACAGAGCGGCCCUGCAGCGCAUGUUGGAGGCAGAAGUGGAGGCCCACGUGGAGGCGGGUCACUUCGAGUCUGUUGUGUACGUGCGGCUGUGGAGUGGUGACCUGGAGGGCGCGCUGCAGCUCGCCACAGAGAAGGGAGAGCUGAACGACCACCUGCUGUCCCUCGCGCCCAUGGCUGGGUUUGAGCUGUGGAGCCAAACUGUUGAGGCCUUCGUCAAGCAGCUGUGUGUGCAGGAGCAGUACCUGAAGGCAGCAUCCCACCUGCUGUCGCUCAGUAAGGUGUAUGAGGCCGUCGCCCUGCUGCACGCUCACAAGCUCUACAGGGAGGCCGUAGCGCUGGUCAAAGCCCGGCUGCCUGCAGACGAGCCCGUCCUGAAGGAGCUGUACACGUCCUGGGCUGCGGUGCUGGAGAAGGACGGACAUUUCUCUGCUGCCGCCAAAUGUUACUUGGCCGCUGGUGCCAGUUUCGAUGCAGCUAAAGUCAUUGCCAGGAAGAACGACGUCUCCUCACUCAUGAGUGCAGCCAGUCUAGCCAGGAUCUCGGGGGAGGUUGUUCUGGCCCAGUCGCUGGCGCUGAGGUGCGCUAAAGACCUGGCUGCUGCUCAGGACUGGGUUGGAGCCCAGGACGUCCUGAGCUCCCAGGAUCUGCUGGUCCACAGGCUGCACCUCUGCACUGCCGAGCUGCUGACUGCGGCGCUGGCAGACUCCAGACUCGUACCUCAGGUCUCUGUCUCCAGUCACACGUGGGCGUCAUUGGGCGAACGUCACACAACUUUACAGAAGCGAGUGAGAGACGUGUGGGACGAGCACUUCGGGGUUUCACACAUCUCAUCAGGACAGCGCAGCGCUGCAGCUCUUCUGCAGGAACUGAAGGCUGUGGAGAGUCCAGCACCCACUGCCAACGUUCCCCUGAGCCAAGUGCUGCUGUAUUCAAGCCUCCACGUGAGCCGCUCUGUGCUAAACUGGCUGCAGGAGGUUCGAGGAGAGAUGAUGAAGGAGCUGUGGCAGGCGGUGGCGUGGCUCCGAGACGCCGGGCAUUCCUGUGUGUCUGCACAGCUCUGCAGGCUGCUCUUCCCUGACGGUGAUGUCAGCGUUUAUUCCAGUGAGCUUCUCGAAGACGACGACGACGACGCCAAAGCUGCUGCCAUCAGUCUGCAGGCCUUCGUCAGCUACCACCGCCUGUAUGAACGCUGGUGGAGCUCAGCCGAGGCUUCACAUGGAUUCUCCCUCUCGGCAGAAGAGGCCAAGACUGAGGCUGUGAACGGAGGAUUGGUAGAGUCUGGAGCUAAUGUGCAUCCACAGAGCAGACGUUUGGAUGAGCUGGACUUUGAUGUGACGCUGCUUCUGUCCGAGCCUCACGCUUCCUGUCAGGCCACGCAAAGAACAGUUGGAGAGAUCCAGGAGCAGCUGGCUGCCAUGGUGCUGCAACACAGCCGAACACAGAGAGAGCAGCUGGACGCCGGGGAGAAACAGGAAACGUCCUCCACCACAGAGUCGGCAGACAAACAGCAGCCUGAUCAGCAGGAAACCUUCCUCUCUCUGUCGGCCAGGAUCUCAGAGCAUCAGCAGCAGCUGGCAGACUUCCCCCACGCAGUCAAGAUGUUUCCUCAUCCAGAUGUUGUGGAAUGCUGCCUCGUUCUCCUUCACUUCAGCAGAUCUUGUCCGUCUGUGGCCGAGUCCCUGCAGCAACAGGCCAAAGACAUGCUGCGAAAGUACGGGACAGGCACGUCUGUCCUGAAGGCCUCACGGCGAUUUCUCACCUAGAUCCGUCGGUGCUGGACUGACGGAAGCACUGUACAGCUGUUUGUUGAAUAAAACCGUUUAAUAAAAUAAAGGAACCAACUACG